UUGACCAGAUUUUCAGUGUCCAAUAGCAUCCCGGUCUGAUGUUUUGGGAACCACUUUGAUGUUAGGUGCAUGGUGAAAAUGCUUCUUUGGAGCCUGAUGCUUCUCAAUCUGUUUGCAGUGAGUUCAAGCUGAAGACAUUCAACUUAUGGUGAUAGUGGAAGCACAGAUGAGAGGACGAAAGAAUGGGUCAAUUGCAAUAAAAAAGAAUUACAAGCUAAAAACAUCUCCUUAACAGAGAAGGAACUCAGAAUGUCUGGUCUCUUUGAAUUAGUAGGAUUUUAGGAUUUAAAAAGCAAUGAUGUAGAUUAGUCAUUGGGUUAAUACACAUAGGGUUAGUUUAGAUGGCCUGAAGUGACACCGAGGCCAAGGGGGGCAGAACAUCAACCAAAUGAUGAAAAAACAAAAGCUCCCUUGAGGAGAACAGCAAGAAGCAGUUUGAUUGAUCUGCAGACCCCCCCUACCCACCAAGGAAAUGGCUUUCAAGAAAGACAUGCCUUGGCUGAAUGGAGAUCCGAUUGUUCAGACUGGAAUAGGAUAGGAAGGUAACAGUGGGUCCUUCCCCACUGACUUAUUUUGGAUGUUGAGGGAGCAGACGGCGACCACUUGUGGCCCAGUCUGGGCGAGCUUAGAGCAAGAGACAGUUCACCAUUUUGUUGGUCAAAUGGUUUUGUUUCAGUUUGUGAUAUAAAGUCUUUCUAUGUCAUGUAGGAUUUGGCUGGUAUUAAGACCUGAAAGAUCCAGGAAGUGUCUUCUUAAUUCUUGAGAACAAUAGCGGCAUUUGUGGCCAGGGGGGAAAGAGGGCUUCCUUCAAAGUGGGACCCGCCUGGCUGCAGCAGGUGUUUCUGGGCAGCUGCUUAAAGCUGAAAAUGCCCCAUGUUGCCCCGCUCACUUCCUUCCCACCACAGUGUGGUCAAGUGAACCAUCUGUCAGCUGUGAAAGCAGAUCUCAGAACAAAACCACUCUUGCAAGGGAUUACAAAGACCAGGAAAUUCAGGUGAUUACCAACAGGUGCCUUUGAUACCUACAUCCGUCUCUCUUUCUGGCCCUUUGAACUGACUUUGAUAUGCUGUAAUUAGGAAUUGUUGGCGAGAGGAGGAGCUGGCCCCUGCUGGCCCGCUUCCCUCCUAGAUCCCUUUGAAUGUUUGUUUUGAAGUAGUGAUCAAAGGGAUUUUCAGAGACUGGGGGGUCCAAAGAGGAAGAAAAAGUGAAGCAGGCCACUAUAAAUAAGGUGGUGGAAAUGGCCUUAGAGGCAGGUUAACUCCUUAGUCUCUUAUAAGCAGAGCAUCACUCUGACAGCCGUUGCGCAGGUGGCCCAAAUGCUCAAUAAAUGUAUCAUUGAGUGAUAUUUUAGCCCUGGAAACUAAGGUCUACAAGGAGCUUCGGCGACAUCUCCAGGGACCAUCAAAGUCCUGCAGGGCAGAAGAUGGAGGCUACCUUCCUUUUGGGGCUCACUUGCCUCUGCUCCCCUUUGACUGCUCUGGUUCUUGACUUCAAUACCAUCAGGGGCUCAUCUGAAGUGUCCACUCCCAGGAAGAGCACACAAUGCUUGACAGACAAAGAUUGUCGUUUGGGGAAAUAUUGUUACAAGCCCCAAGAGGAACAACUUCCCUUCUGUGCUCCCUGCCAAGGUUUACGAAGAAGAUGCCAUGGAAAGGGGAUGUGUUGCCCGGGGAUGACCUGCAUCAACGAUGUGUGUGCCCAGGUGGCUGAGGAGCAGAGAGACGGGCGACAGAUUGACUUGAGUGCCAAGGAACGACGGGCACGUCCAGCUCAAGCCGGGCAUGUCCGGAAGGAGGGAGCUCGGCCGAGGACACGGAGCCCAGCUGGCACGGGAGAGCGCUGCCUCCGCACCUCCGACUGCGCCCAAGGGCACUGCUGUGCCCGCCACUUCUGGGCCAAGAUCUGCAAACCUGUUCUCCUCGAAGGGGCCGUGUGUUCCGGGCGAGGGCAGAAGGAUGGUGGGGCGCCAGGCCCUGAGAUCUUCCAGCGCUGCGGUUGUGCAUCCGGUCUGGUUUGUCAACGGCCCCUCCAGGGUGCCCCACAGAGAGCUCGUCUGCGUGUCUGCCGCAGCAGCUAAGGAGAGUCUGAGCCUGGAAGACGGCAGAAGCAAAGCACCCAUGGACCAGUCCACAAGGGUUGGCUGGCUGCGCACCCAGCGUUACAGACAUUGUGCCCCUUAGGACCUGGCUCAUCACCCAGUUACCCAUACUUGAGCUGGCAGAAGAUUAACUAGCAUGAACUUUGCUGCCCCCAUUUCUGCUCCUAUCUCUGACCUGGCUUAUCUCUGGAGUGUGUGUGUGGGGGGGGGGGGAGUGUCCUAAUUACAGUAAGUAAAGCCAUCAAUAGAUUCCUCCGUCUUCCUGCUUGCCCCCCUUUUAAGUAUCAGCAGCUGGUGGGGAAAAUGCAUUAAUUUUGGUAGGGCUGCAGUGGGAGAUGAGGCUGGAGGCAGGAAGCCAGUCAAUCCUUGGCUUUUGCACCCUGCAUGCCAAGAAUGGAAAAAAGACAGCGAAAGGAGAGCCACAAUUCCUUCAGAAAUGCUCUUUUUAUGCCAGACCUGCUGAUAUUAAUGUUGCUAAAGCUGCCUAGAUCUGAGCAAGAGCCUCUCUCCCGGCGUCUCUUUUGGGCCAAACAUAAACAGAAGUCCUUCCCUUCUGGUUCUUUCAACCUUGUUGACUUAUGCAGGGGUCCCCAACCUUCCCGGCUUUGUGGACCAGUGGGGGGAGGGGGAAGAGAGGAAAUGGUUCCAUGUGAAUGGUAGGCACUCAUGCAUGCACAGCUCCAUUUGUGCAAGCGGUGGGCACUCGUGCCCAUGCGUCAAGCCCCAUUUGUGCAAGCAGCGGGUGCACCCCCACUCACACAUCUGGAGCUACACAUGGCGCGAGUGCUUGCACUGCUGUUCUCAACAGGCCGCGGUGCAGUACCGGGCUAUGGCCUGGGGAUUGGGUACCCCUGGCCUAAUGCAACAGAAGAAGCUGCUCCCCCCCCCUCAAUAACUUGGGAGUGCUCCAGGGAAGGCUGGUGUGGAGCUGAGCCAAAUGAGGUCGUCACUCUCUCUCUCUCUGCUGACCCUUUGCUGUCCACUUCACCAGCGGAGGGCCAGCCCUCCCCUCUGCAGCCUCUCCUCUGCAAAAGUGCUUUUUGGCCUGGGAGAUGAAGCUGCCCCCUCUGUCUCUCCCCCCCCCAGUCCCCUACCCCCCCUUCUGCCAGCGGCUUUCGAGAUCUGUGAGAAAUGAAACUGAAGAGGUGCAAAAUGGGCAAGCAGGGGCAAGACUGUUUUUUAAAAGAAAUAAUUCUUCUGAGCAACCCCCUUUUCUUAUGUCUAAACUAGCCAGAAUAAAUGCAAGGGUUGGUGAAGGCUGCGAUCUCUUCUGCUGGGAUCAGACUUUUUCCUUAAAAUACAACUCCCUCAAAUGCUAACGAGGAAAGGAAGCGGCCACAGCUUCGAUUCUUGGCAAUAAUGUACAGCGAAUGUUUCUACAAGUAAUCCUUGGCUUACAUCCAGUCAAAGCUACAAUGGAUCUCUAGUUACCUGCAACCUGGCAUUAAUGUUACGACUGCUGCCCUCCUCAGUCAUGUGACUGCAUUUCGGGUGCUUGGCAACUGGCUCAGUUAUGAUGGGUUGCCAUAUCCUACAGUCACAUGACCAUGAUUUAUGACCAUUUUGCCAAAAAAAGCCAUUUGGAAGAAUGGAUUUGUUUAGCAACCAUGUGAUUCACUUUAUGACCAUCAUAAAAACGGGCACAAAAUUGAGUCUAGUCAUGUGAUGCCUUGACUUUCAACCCCAAUGACUUCCAACUGAAAUUCUGGCUCCACAGUGGCCAUAAGGAUUACCCGAACCGCCGUUUCACCCACCCUCGUUCACUCAAGCAGCAGAAAAGUGUUACCCGAUUUACAU